AUGUUAUUAUGUGAACUUUAGACUGUAACCAGAAUGUGUGCCCUUGGGAUUUAUCGCCAAGAAGACAGAUGUUACUGCCCUUGAGAUAUAAUGCGAAGAAGAAAAGAUAACCUUUUCUAGCAGCGUUAAUUUAUCUUUUUCUGGUCUUAUUACGACCAGUUAUUGGGUAAAACAGCAAAGAGAAUGUUCUUAGCCAUAAUCUUAGUACCAUUUUAUUGAAUUACCUGCUACUCUUAAACUGUUCUUGGUCUUUUUAUCGACUGCAAACCAAAUACUAGACUAGUGCUUAAUUCAAGCGUGAUUCUAUUCGUUUAAAGCCGUUUUACAAUGUGGAACACAAAAUGAUGCAUAUGAAUGAAUGAUAUUGUUGCGGUCCCGAUCGAACCCAUGUACUGAUGGGUCGUGAAUCCUGCUAACCACCAAUGCACACUAUGCUGAAUGGUGUGUACUAGAUACGAAAAAAAAUGCAUGAUAUCACCCGGAAGACCUAGACAUAGAUGGUAGCAUCACGCAGAAUUGACCCUAAAGAAAAGAGUAUAUACUGACGUGGGCUGGAUUCGAAUGGAUCAAAACAGGGUCAAGUGUAUGGAUCAUAUGGCUAGAUCUGCGUGCUUAAAACGAGGCAAGCUGUAAGACUAUCAGCUUAUCAAAAACACUGUUUUUUAUGUAGUAUAACGGAAAUUGCAAUGACCUAUAUGUGAACGUGUUUACAACACACUAAGCACGAACAUUUCUGACAAUCCUAUAAAGACAACCUACUUUUGUUACUGCUUAUAAACUUGAAUGCCUUGAAAGAUUAUAAUUCCAACCAAUAACAUACUUAAACGCGCUGCUAAGGAAGAUUCCGCCAGUGUAACGAAACACUUGAGCUGUUUAACAUUGGAUGACUACAGUUGAGUUCGGAUUCAGCGAGAAGGUCCAGGUUGGCGGAUUCCAAAGAUUUUCAACUCUUUUAAACAGUGAACUGCUGACGUCACGAUACUCAUGAAGCUGAAACUCUGAAGCAAGGAAACUACUGAAUCUUCCUCAUCACUGCGAAAUAAAGAAAUGACAACGAAGGAGGCGCGCAAGAAGCCAGAGGAUAAGCCCAAAUCGCUACAGAAUAAGACGAACGAAGAUAAAGACAAGUUUGAAGUCCAAAAGUGCAUCGAAAGAUUGCGUGAACUUCUAGAAGGAGAAGAAAAUCUAAAAGUAAGACUCGAUGACAAGUUUCUACUCCGGUAUUUGAGAUGGGUGGAUUUCGACCCAGAUCUGGCCUUCACUAAGAUUAAGGACAUUUACAAAUUUCGGUCUGAGACAAAGGAAUGGCACUGUAGCAAACAGCCGUCCGAAUAUGCGACUGUUAUUGAAAUGAACGCACAAGUCCUUCUUGGUAACAGAGACAGCAGGGGCCGGCGGGUGUACCUCGUCAAAGUGGGAAACAUAGACUGCACCAACAAAGAUGUCACAAUUCACACCAUCAACUACGUGGACGACAUGUGGCUGGAGGUGGCGAUGGAGGAAGAAGAGACUCAGAAGAACGGUCUGGCUAUCAUCAUCGACAUGGAGGGCUAUUCGUGGAAACUAUUCCGAUGGCUCACGCCACAAAACAUUAGAAUUUGCUCCCGAAAAUUCUACAACUUAACAUUCCGAGAGAUCGACAUUCACGUGGUAAACACAUCCUCUCUACUGGACACGGUGGUCAGCAUUCUGUACCCUAUAUUGGGUCAGAGAAUAAAGCAACAUAUCCACUUUCAUGGCCAAGACUGGGCUUCACUACACAAGUUCAUUACGCCAGACAUCUUGCCACAGGAGUACGGCGGACAUAUACCUCAAAUCGAUUUUGCAAAAGCUCAUCAAUAUUUGUUUGACAACGAAGAGAAACUAAUGGGUAAAGUAAACACUAAACUAAAUGAAAUUUUAAUACAUACGAUACAAUGAUAUUAAAUAUGACUGAUACAAUCAUUGAACAAAACAGGACCUCUUAAAAUAAUGUUAACUUCACUGCUAGCAAACAUGACACAUAAUAUAUAUACAAUUCAUUUGAUAUGAUAAUCGACUUACGACGCACAACUUUGAUUCAAUUUAUUUCAUUUAUUUAAAAUCGUCCACGACCUCUAAAUCAAUACCGGUACUGAAGAGGAUCGGUGUGGGGUAGGUUACGAACGCUAUUAUAAGAUUAGAUAACAUCAGACAAAAGACGUAUUGGAACGAAAGAUGCAAAAUAUAAAGUGAAGGUUCAACAUCAAAAUUACUUCCAGGAAUGACAUACUAAUAAUAAAGAACAGUUCGCCAAUAUGACCAGUAGUUUCGUGUGCCAGGAGCUAAAAAAAAGCUAUUCUGCACAUUAAUACCGGUACUAGACAGAGGCGAGAGAUCAGAUUAGCGCUCUGGCCGUGUUUAUCAGAAAGGAAAGUACCUCCACCACUCACUUAACAGAAAGCCUCUUGAUAUUCAGAGUCGUUCUGGACUUCCUGGAGACAAACCCAAACCCCGAUAUAGCAAUUACGCCCACGUCACCUGAUCCGUUUUCUAUCAUUUCACUCAAAGGUGUUCAUCCUAUUUGAAAAAUAUACGAAUUAUUAGUGUAUUUACGGCCUAUAUUACAGAAUAAACUCGAUCAA